AUGGAUUCCUCAGACCCGAUAGUCGCCUCCUACGACGUCUUCCUCACCGACUCCGACAUAGCGCGCUACGUAUUCCAAUACCCUGACCGCGAAGUUGAAACCAAACACGGCACAGGCGGCCCCUACGAUGAACGCCACGGCCAGAAACCCGUGAGUUUAAAACUGAAACCCAAAACCGGUCUUGUCGAGAUCGAUGUUCCGAUUGCUACUUCUUCGGGUGUUUAUGAUGUGAAUCGAGGAUUGAAGUAUGGCGAGGCUAUGAAGCAGUCGCGCGUCUUAAGGGAGGGCGGGUCGUUUGGGUUGGCGGGAGGGUUUAAUUCGCAUUCUACUGGUGCGGGAGCCAAUGCUGGCGGUGGGAGGGUGAAGACAGAAGGAGGGGAGGAUGUCGAGAUGCAGGAUGCGAAGGGCUCAAGAAAUGCGUCUACGAUUUUGAGGACGCAGACGCUUGCGGGUAGAAUGAAGGAGCCUGUUGAUGGGGAGCCGGUUUAUAUGCUUGGUGCUUUUCGAGGGUCGAAAUUCUUCCUCUCCCCCGUCUCGGCACUGGUCCAAUUACGGCCUCAAUUACAUCACAUCGAUGCCUCGGAUGAAGCGUCGCGGACACGACUUAUGCGCGGCAGAAAGGAUCUAGAAGAAGAUGGCGCGGCGGUGCAAGCCGAAGCACGAGCGGUGGAUGUUAAGGUCAAAUCUACAGAAGGCGGCGAGGCUGCACCAGCAGGUAAUAUUGAAUUGUUGAAGAAGAUUCAGGAUGAAAAAUGGGAGGCUUAUGAGUGGUUUGAUGCUGAGAGCGAAGAAGCAUGGGUUACAUAUGAGAAUUACAUGAUUCACCAAGAACCCGAGGAUCUGCCGCAAUUAGAGUCUGCGCUGGAUGGGGAGACGUAUCUUGAUGUUAUGAGUGCGCCGCGCGUUGAUCCUGCGCGACCGGAGAUGACAGGUUGGGCUAUGAAGCAGAAUAGAAGAAAACAGAAGGGAUUUAUUGAUGUUGAUAGCUGA